CAGCUGGUCUUCGCUCAGAAGCCAAAAUUGGAUUCAUUUGCGAUUUCUGAAAAUUGCAUUAUUCUCGAUCUAUUUAAAAGUCAAAUACUGACGUCUUUGAUACUUUUUAAUAAAAGAGUUUUCAAGUACGGCAGCCGAACAUUGUCUAUGAGUGUAAGUAACUUAUCCAGUGCGUGAUGCGGACAGUCAACAGCGGACAGACCUGGCCAGUGUAGCUUGUAUUUUGUGGAUUUUCGAUUUCGUUCACUACGGCGAGUUUCGCGGUGUCAGCUCGACUUACCUUGUGUAUUUCGCGUCGAUUUCCGAUACUGAGCGCAUUAUCAUCCUUAUAUUCUGGAUCCUUAUGCGCAGGAGAAACGAAGAGUCCUGCAGCAAACAGAUCGCCGUUGUUUUUCGUUAACAGUCGGAAAUUGUCCUUCGAGAUGGCUGGACGCGGACGGCCAGAGUAUCAGGCCCCGCCAGAAAUCUUUUACAAUGACGACGAAGCCAGAAAGUAUACUUCCAACUCGCGUAUUAUGGGAAUUCAGGUGGAACUAGCGGAACGCGCUCUUGAAUUGCUCAGUUUGCCGGAAGGCAAUCCGUGUUAUCUGCUGGAUUUGGGCUGUGGAUCUGGUCUGAGCGGAGAAACCAUAACGAAUGCGGGCCAUUUUUGGGUUGGCAUGGAUAUCAGUUCCAGCAUGUUGGAUGUUGCCAGAGAACGAGAAGUGGACGGAGAUCUAAUUCUCAGUGAUCUCGGCGAAGGUCUUCCUUUCCGUCCUGGGAGUUUUGAUGGGGCGAUAAGCAUUUCGGCGUUACAGUGGCUGUGCAAUGCCGACAAAAAAGAGCACAUCCCUUCGAAACGGUUAUUCGCCUUUUUCUCAUCGUUAUACGCAUGCUUGAGCCGUGGAUCAAAAGCAGUCUUUCAGUUCUAUCCCGAAAAUAGCGCCCAGGUUGAAUUAAUAACGCAACAGUCCAUGCGAGCUGGUUUUACUGGAGGCUUGGUUGUGGAUUAUCCGAACAGUGCUCGAGCCAAAAAAAUGUAUUUAGUCCUAUUUACCGGUGGUGUCAAUCCCACUCUUCCGAAGGGCUUGGAUGGAGCCGGUGAAAAGCCCGUUAGUAACAGAUCUGGACACGGAGAUUCACGACCGUCCAAGCCACAGAAAAAUACACGAGAAUGGAUUUUAGCCAAGAAAGACCGGAGACGAAGACAAGGACGAGAUGUCAGACCUGACACGAAGUAUACCGGCAGACAUCGCCAGGGACACUUUUAAGCUUUUAGCUACUCUUUUCCAAGUCGUUGUCUGCUCUCUUUUAUUUUAAUGAACUUGAACCCGACUGAAUGAAAUAAAGCGCUGUGGUCUCCAUGAACCAUGAUUCGCAAAAAGCAUCAAAGCCGAACAUAUUAAAUUUUGGUUUCCAUAAUAACUUAGGCGCAAGAGACUAAUGUCGAACCAUUCGUAAAGAGCUGAAUACUUUCGACUCCGGUACAAAAUUAGAAUAAUCGAGAAAAAGAAAAACAAA